AUGGAAUCCGAGGUCGCCCAGCUGAUCUCGCAUCAGACAAACCCCGAUAAUUACGUGCGGGCCCGCGCCGAGCAGGAGUUCGACCAAUUGGUGCGCGCCGACCCCAGCCAGGCCCUGUGCACGCUCGUCGUGGUCGGCACCUCUCCUCACCUUGAUCUGGCCGUGCGACAGGGCGCGCUGCUGCACGUGAAACGGCUCGUGCCCAAGUUUUGGUCGCCGGCGUUCGAUUCGUACGAGGGCCCGUCCACCAUCGCCGCCACCGCGAAACAGUUCGUGCGCGACGGCCUGCUCAAGCUUGUGGGCGACGCAGACUCCAAAAUCCGCAACAGCGCCAGCUACGCCAUCACACAGAUCUCUGCGGUGGACUACCCGGACGAGUGGCCCUCCCUGCUCAGCGACCUCUACGCCGCCGCCACCGACAAGGCCAGCACCGCGUACCAGGUGCUUGGCUCGCUAGCCGUGCUUCAGGACCUGUUUGACGACCUCAUUCCGGACGAGCAGUUUUUCGAGGGCGGCGUGUCGGUGCGCAUUCUGCAGACGUGCGAGAUGAUCCUGACCUCCGACUCGUACAACUUCCAGAUCAAGGCCCAGACGCUCAGGCUGCUCAAGACGGUCGUCGAUAUCUUCAACAGCGCCGAGGUGAGCGACCACCCGGCCCGCAAACAGUUUGUCGACCAGGUGGUGCCGCGGCUCGUCGACCUGUUUGCCGCGAUGGCCGCGCAGCUGGUCGAAAACGAGGCCCUGCUGCGGUCCUUGGUUAUCGUUGGUUUGAAGAACGAGCUUUAUGGCUGUCUUAGUGCCCUUGCCAACACGUUUCCCAAGCUUGUUGCGCCGCACGCGCCACGGCUGCUCGACACGGCCGUUCGCGAGCUCGCCAGCACGGCUGCCGUGUACGUGCCGCUCCUGGCUGCCCAGGACAUCGAGGCGGCCACCAACGCGCAGUUCUCGGACGUGACCGAGUUCCAGAGCGUGCACAUCGAGCGCAUCGACUCGUCAGAGCUGCUGGCGACCGCCGUUGCCGGCACGAUCGCGUUUCUGCAGGCUCUUGCCGACCUGCCGGACACGCUCCUGCCGGAAGCGACGGUGCACGAGCUAUGCUCGCUGCUGGUGCAGCUGAACGUGCUGCCGCGCGAGGCACAGGCCGGCUACGAGGCCGACUACAACGAGUUUGUCAGCGUCGAAACAGAGCUCACCAUCGAGACCGGCACCGUCGUGCGCGACGCGACGAGAGACCUGCUCGAGACCGCCAACACGGAGCUGAACGGCGCCAUGGUGGCCGAGCUCGUGCGGCGGCUCACGGCGCAGGCGCGUGCCGACGCGGCCGACGCGUCGGUCGAGAGCACGGCGUACCUGCUGCUGUGUCUGUUCUCCAACGAGGCCGAGCUGCAGCCGUCGUUCGAGCCGGCGAAGCUGCUCGAUUUUUUGCUGCAGCUGGUUCCGGAGCAGUUCCACCGCGCGCAGCUGCUCUCGGCGCGGCUAAUCAUGCUGGUCCCAAAAUUCCUGAUGAAGUACGAGCCGUACCUCAAGGAGUACGGCGUGCGCGCGCUGGAGCAGAUCCUGAGCCUGCCGCUCGACGCGGACCACGAGCUCGUGGUCGCGGCCGUGCUCAUUGCAUUCCAGUACUUCAACCACUUCAUUCCCUCGGCGCAGUUCACCACAGACAUCCAGACGCGGCUGCUCCAGCUGGUCAAGCAGCUCGCGGACUCUGCCGCCGAGGACACCAACAUCAUGCUCCUCGAGGCGCUCACCAUCAUCAUCAACAUAGACAACCGCGCGCUUGCGGCAGACGAGGCCACGCUCAUGCUCUGCAUGAACCUCGGCUUCCGCGACUGCUCGAACUUCUCGCUCACGGCGUCCGCGCUGGAGUGCAUCGAGGACCUGCUCAAGGGCCUCCCGGAACACACGUACGUGGGGCUGUGCUACAAGGCGCUGCCGCCGCUGCUGAAGGUUGUUGGCGACUCCAACGGAGAGUACUCGGCGGAGCUGGACCUGGCACUGCAGGUGCUGGCGGUGUUUCUGAAGGGCCCCGGGAGCGAGGACGCUGCCGUGCCCCAGGACGUCUUCCAGGCGGUGUUUCCGUCCAUCUGCGGCCUGAUCCUCAAGUGCGACGACGACGAGGUGCUGCAGUCGUCGUCCGAGGUGUUCAACGUGCUGCUGUCCAGAGGCUCGCCGCAGAUCCGCGCGUACCGCGACGCCGCGUCCGGCGCAACGGGCAACGAGCUGCUGCUCAAGAUCGUGUCGAAGUUCCUGUCGCCGGCGAUGAGCGACCGCGCGAUCGUGCGGCUCGGCGACCUCAUUGUGCUGCUGAUCACCAACUUCAGCUCCGAGUCUUCUGUGUGGCAGCACUUCCAGGACAUUCUCCGGGCGGCCACCCUGCGCCUGCUGGCCGCAAAGGAGAUGAUCACGAUCGAGAACCUCGUGCUGGUCUUCAACACGCUCACCGUCCUGCAACCACAGCAGACCGUCGACUUCCUCGCCGGCUUUGCGGUCGACGGCGGGUCUGCGCUCGAAAAAGUGCUGCCCGUGUGGCUGCAGGCGUUCGAGGUGAUGCGCGGCUACGACCGGAUCCUGUCCAACAUCCGCGCAUUCAUCGAGAUGUACCGGCUGGACGACGCGCGGCUGAAACGCACGCUGGUCAACGGCGACGUGCUGCCGAACCAGGUGCCGGACGACGUGAUCGUGACGCGGUCGAUGGCCCGCAAGAUGCCGCUCCGGUACGAGCAGGUCGGCGCAGACGUCAAGAUCGUGCGUCUGCUGCUCAACGAGUACAAGUUCCAGGUGCGGUCGGCGCAGAAGACAGAGCAGGCCGAGACCGCACAGCCGCCCGACGACGACGACGGCUGGGAAGACCUCGACGACGUGGGCGUGCCGUCGUUCGAGCAGCUGCAGCAGUACGUCCACGAGGACGAGCACACGGGCAGAACGCUCGCAGACAAUCACGGCGACGAGAUCCGCCAGCUGCUCGCCGCGUUCUUCAAGGAGUGCACGGCCAAGAACCUGUGCGGGUUCCAAGACGUGUACGCGCGGCUCGGCGACGAGGACAAGCGGUUUCUGACCGAGUACGUAGCAUUUACCUAG